UUUUUUUUGUAAAUACAUCUUCCUCCCUCCUUUUUCUUUCUUUUACCAGUACAAAAGAGGAAUUCCUUUUUCUUUCUCUUUUUUGAUUUCACACACAGAAGAAAAAAAAGUAGUGUCGCCCAUUGAACUAGUUUUUUUUCUAUAUAUAUUUAUUUCCACUUUCUUUUUGAAAACGUUAUUUUUCAACAAAAAAGAGCUUGCAAGAAAAAAGUGGGUAAUGAAACGUUCUAGUACUGAAGACAGUUCGCCAGCAAUAACAAAGAAAAUUCGUGAUAAUACCACAGAAGAAGAAUCCAUAGCAACAGAUACUUCGCCUAUACCUUCUACGACUACUAUAAAUAUGACACAUACACCUCAUCCACAGCAUCAUUCCAAUCUUAAAGACAGUAAUAAUAACUCUAAUAGUAAUAAUAAUCACCAACGCAAUUCAUCCUCAAGUGUACUUUGCUAUGUCCACGAUCUUGUACAUAAUCUCGAGCAAGGAAAUAUUGAUCACUGUUUAUCCAACUCCAUAGACUUUUCUCUUUUCAAUGAAAAACUAAGCAAAUCUGACUCUGACCUACUUACUGCCCUUGAUUUGAAUCUCAAGAAGAUUGCUCAACGUCAGUUGCAAUUAGAAACAGAAAAUUUAAGAAGUCGCAUCAUGAUACAGCAGCAACAUCAACUUCUUACAGCUCCUGGUCACGAGGAAAAGGUCACGAACCACGAAAAAACAAAUAAAAAACAACAAGACAAUAGUCAAAGAUUGAAAAAUACUACGUCCGAAGAUGAUUUAACUUCAGUUCAUGAUUCUUCCUUGCUUGAAAAAUUAGAAAACUCCUACCGUGAAAUGCCCAAGAUUCCUCAACAAAAAGAAAAAGAAAUUGCUAUUGACUCUAAUGAUCAUAAUGAAAACUCGGCUGCUGGACUUGCUUCUUUAUCCAAUGUUUCUACUCCGCCUUUCAAUAUUUCAUCUACCGCUACUGCUUACCCCGUUUACUUUGGUUCAUCUUCUAUCUUGUCUUUCCCUGCUGCCGCCGUUCAAACUAGUUCUGAUAAUAUUGUAUGCCCCGAUUGUGUUAUUCAAGCUGUCACUGUUGCUAGUGGUGUCUUUAAUGGUGACUUGAAUGGACGUAUUACAUGUAAACAUGAACGUUGUGUUGUACCUGGAACAAAUGUAGGCUCUGAUGCCCCUAUCAAUACCUUGAAAAAUGCUGUUAACGCUAUGGCUGACCGACUCCAACUUGUGGCAGACGAAGUCAAUUCUGUCGCACAUGAAACUGCCGUCAAUGGUAAAUUAGGUGUCCAAUGUAGUGUGAAGGAAAAGAAGGGUCUCUGGAAAGAUUUUGUAGUCAACUUAAACUUGAUGACAAGAAACCAUCUUGAACAAGUGCGAGAUAUUGCUGAUGUUUCACAAGCUAUUGCUCGAGGUGACCUUAGUAAGGCAAUGACCGCUCCUGUACGAGGUGAAACUUUAUUGCUCAAAAACACAUUCAAUACAAUGGUGAAUCAAUUAAACUUGUUUGCUUCUGAAGUAUCUCGUGUGGCUCAUGAAGUAGGUACUGAAGGCAAGUUGGGUGCUCAAGCCAAGGUACAAGGCGCUGAUGGUAUCUGGAAAGAAUUGACUGACAACGUGAACACAAUGGCUGCCAAUCUUACAAAUCAAGUGAGAGAUAUUGCUCAGGUUUCCAAAUCAGUUGCUCGAGGUAAUUUGACUAAAAAGGUCACCGUGGAAGUUAGAGGUGAAAUGUUGGACUUAAAAAACACAAUCAAUACCAUGGUGGAUCAAUUAUCUAUUUUUGCUACAGAAGUGACACGUGUGUCCCUUGAAGUAGGUACGGAAGGCAAACUCGGAGGUCAGGCAGUAGUAAAGGAUGUAGCAGGCACUUGGAAAGAUCUAACAGAUAACGUGAAUAUGAUGGCAACCAGAAUUACAGACCAAGUACGUGAUAUUGCUGUUGUUGCUAAGGCCGUUGCUCAGGGUGAUUUAUCAAAGAAAGUCAAGGCAAAUGCUCAAGGUGAAGUACUUGAGCUGAAAAACACAAUGAACAAGAUGGUUGACCAACUGCUCUUAUUCUCUGCUGAAGUAAGGAGAGUGUCACUUGAAGUCGGUGUUGAAGGAAAGCUUGGCGGACAGGCUGUCGUCAAAGACGUCGGUGGUACAUGGAAGAAUUUGACAGACAAUGUAAACCAAAUGGCUGCCAACUUGACAAAUCAAGUACGUUCUAUUGCAGAAGUUACGAAGGCUGUAGCAAACGGUGACCUGUCAAAAAAGAUUGAAGUCGAAACUCGAGGUGAAAUUUUAGACCUUAAGAAUACAGUCAAUGACAUGGUGGACCAGCUCAGGGUUUUUGCUUCCGAAGUUACACGUGUGGCGCGUGAAGUAGGCACAGAAGGUAAAUUAGGUGGUCAGGCACGUGUGCCAAACGUGGACGGUACCUGGAAGGAUUUGACAGAUAAUGUCAAUACAAUGGCUACCAAUUUAACAACACAAGUAAGAUCAAUUGCUGUUGUCACAAAGGCUGUUGCCAAUGGUGAUUUAUCCAAAAAGAUUCAAGUAACAGUCAGCGGUGAAAUAUCGGAUCUUAAAGACACCGUCAAUAACAUGGUGGAUCAGCUGAGAGUUUUUGCGUCUGAAGUCACGCGUGUAGCUCGUGAAGUAGGUACUGAAGGAAAACUAGGCGGUGAAGCCAUUGUUCCAAGUGUUAGUGGUACUUGGAAAGACUUAACUGAUAAUGUAAAUACGAUGGCUGCCAAUUUAACAACGCAAGUGCGUUCGAUUGCAGAAGUUACCAAGGCGGUUGCUAAAGGUGACCUGUCCAAAAAAAUUUACGUUGAGACACAAGGUGAAAUACUUGAUUUGAAAAAUACAGUCAACAACAUGGUGGAUCAACUGAAUGUGUUUGCAGCAGAAGUGACGCGAGUCGCUAAAGAAGUAGGCACAGAAGGCAAAUUGGGCGGUCAAGCAUUAGUACCAAACGUAGACGGUACAUGGAUGGAUCUUACAGUCAAUGUCAACCAUAUGGCUACCAAUUUGACAAAUCAAGUGCGUUCCAUUGCUGAAGUGACAAAGGCUGUAGCUCUGGGUGAUUUGUCCAAGAAGAUUGAAGUUGAGUCAGGUGGUGAAAUCCUUGAUUUGAAGAACAUUGUGAAUAACAUGGUGGACCAACUGAGAGUCUUUGCCUCUGAAGUAACCCGUGUGUCUAAGGAAGUCGGCACAGAAGGCAAGCUAGGUGGGCAAGCUGUUGUUCAGGGUGUUGCUGGUACAUGGAAUGAGCUGACUGUCAAUGUCAACCAUAUGGCUACCAAUUUGACAAAUCAAGUGCGUUCCAUUGCUGAAGUGACAAAGGCUGUAGCUCUGGGUGAUUUGUCCAAGAAGAUUGAAGUUGAGUCAGGUGGUGAAAUCCUUGAUUUGAAGAACAUUGUGAAUAACAUGGUGGACCAACUGAGAGUCUUUGCCUCUGAAGUAACCCGUGUGUCUAAGGAAGUCGGCACAGAAGGCAAGUUGGGUGGACAAGCUAUGGUGCCUAACGUUGCAGGUACUUGGUUUGAAUUGACAGAUAAUGUCAAUAUCAUGGCUGCUAAUUUAACCAAUCAAGUACGCUCAAUUGCUGAAGUGACUAAAGCUGUCGCCAAUGGUGAUUUAUCUAAAAAGAUCGAAGUUGAGUCCGGUGGAGAAAUCUUGGAGUUGAAGAACAUUGUGAAUAACAUGGUAGACCAACUACGAAUCUUUGCCUCUGAAGUCACGCGUGUGUCCAAAGAAGUUGGUACUGAUGGAAAGUUAGGUGGCCAGGCAACUGUGCCCAAUGUAGCUGGUACUUGGUAUGAACUCACAAACAAUGUAAAUAUUAUGGCUGCCAAUUUGACAACUCAAGUACGUUCGAUUGCUGAGGUCACUAAAGCAGUUGCCAGUGGUGAUCUAUCCAAAAAAAUUGAUGUUGAGACACGAGGUGAAAUACUUGAUCUCAAAAAUACUGUUAACGAAAUGGUGGAUCAACUGAAUGUGUUUGCAGCAGAAGUGACGCGAGUCGCUAAAGAAGUAGGCACAGAAGGCAAGCUUGGUGGUCAAGCUCGUGUGCCUAAUGUUGAUGGUACCUGGAAGGAUUUGACAGACAAUGUCAACACAAUGGCUACCAAUUUGACAAACCAAGUGCGUUCCAUUGCUGAAGUGACAAAGGCUGUAGCUCUGGGUGAUUUGUCCAAGAAGAUUGAAGUUGAGUCAGGUGGUGAAAUCCUUGAUUUGAAGAACAUUGUGAAUGACAUGGUGGAUCAAUUAAGAGUUUUCGCUGCAGAAGUAACGCGUGUGGCCAAAGAAGUCGGAACAGAAGGCAAACUAGGGGGUCAAGCUAUGGUAGAAGGAGUAGCUGGUACUUGGCUUGAUCUUACAGACAAUGUAAACACUAUGGCUGCCAACUUGACAACGCAAGUGCGUUCCAUUGCUCAAGUGACCAAAGCUGUAGCUCUGGGUGACCUAUCCAAGAAGAUUGAAGUUGAGUCAGGUGGUGAAAUCUUAGAACUCAAGGAUAUUGUCAACAACAUGGUGGAUCAACUACGUAUCUUUGCCUCUGAAGUAACCCGUGUGUCUAAGGAAGUCGGCACAGAAGUGAGAUCCAUCGCCGAGGUGACUAAAGCUGUGGCUCGAGGUGAUUUGUCUAAGAAGAUUGAAGUUGAGUCAGGCGGUGAAAUCCUUGAUUUGAAGAACAUUGUGAAUAACAUGGUGGAUCAAUUGAACGUAUUCGCUUCAGAAGUAUCACGUGUAGCCAGAGAGGUCGGUACUGAAGGCAAGCUUGGUGGUCAAGCUCGUGUGCCUAAUGUUGAUGGUACCUGGAAGGAUUUGACAGACAAUGUCAACACAAUGGCUACCAAUUUGACAAACCAAGUGCGUUCCAUUGCUGAAGUGACAAAGGCUGUAGCUCUGGGUGAUUUGUCCAAGAAGAUUGAAGUUGAGUCAGGUGGUGAAAUCCUUGAUUUGAAGAACAUUGUGAAUAACAUGGUGGACCAACUGAAUGUGUUUGCCGCAGAAGUAACGAGAGUUGCGAAGGAAGUCGGCACAGAAGGUAAACUAGGCGGGCAGGCUGUUGUGCAAGGCGUUGCUGGUACUUGGAAUGAACUGACAGACAACGUCAAUACUAUGGCAGCCAACCUAACAACGCAAGUACGUUCAAUUGCACAAGUGACCAAAGCAGUUGCUAACGGCGAUUUGUCAAAGAAGAUUGAAGUACAGACCAACGGUGAAAUUCUGGAGCUUAAAGACACUGUGAAUGACAUGGUGGAUCAACUCAAUGUGUUUGCAUCCGAAGUCACUAGGGUAGCCAAGGAAGUAGGUACAGAGGGUAAGCUUGGUGGUCAAGCCAAGGUUGAAGGUGUUGCUGGUACCUGGAUGGACUUGACAGACAACGUAAACACUAUGGCUGCCAACUUGACAACGCAAGUGCGUUCCAUUGCUCAAGUGACCAAAGCUGUAGCUCUGGGUGACCUAUCCAAGAAGAUUGAAGUUGAGUCAGGUGGUGAAAUCUUAGAACUCAAGGAUAUUGUAAAUGGCAUGGUGGAUCAACUACGUAUCUUUGCCUCUGAAGUAACCCGUGUGUCCAAGGAAGUCGGCACAGAAGGCAAGUUAGGUGGACAAGCUGUAGUCCAAGGUGUUGCUGGUACAUGGAUGGAUCUUACUGACAAUGUAAAUCAAAUGGCUGCUAAUUUAACCAAUCAAGUACGCUCAAUUGCUGAAGUGACUAAAGCUGUCGCCAAUGGUGAUUUAUCUAAAAAGAUCGAAGUUGAGUCCGGUGGAGAAAUCUUGGAGUUGAAGAACAUUGUGAAUAACAUGGUAGACCAACUACGAAUCUUUGCCUCUGAAGUCACGCGUGUGUCCAAAGAAGUUGGUACCGAAGGUAAAUUAGGCGGUCAAGCUGUUGUUCAGGGUGUUGCUGGUACUUGGAAUGAAUUGACCGACAAUGUUAACAUCAUGGCUGCCAAUUUGACAAAUCAAGUGCGUUCUAUCGCUGAAGUAACAAAGGCUGUAGCCAAUGGUGAUCUAUCCAAAAAGAUUCAUGUUGAGACUCGGGGUGAAAUUCUUGAUCUUAAGAUUACUGUAAAUGACAUGGUAGAUCAACUGAGAGAAUUUUCGUCUGAAGUCACUCGUGUCGCUCGUGAAGUCGGCACUGAAGGCGCUUUAGGUGGUCAAGCCAACGUUCAAGGUGUAGCAGGAACCUGGAAAGACUUGACAGACAAUGUCAACACAAUGGCUACAAAUUUGACUACACAAGUAAGAUCAAUUGCCGUUGUUACCAAGGCUGUGGCAAAGGGUGAUUUGUCAAAGAAAAUUGAAGUAGAAACUCGAGGCGAAAUUCGCGAGCUCAAGGAAACUGUUAAUGACAUGGUUGAUCAGUUGCGUGUAUUUGCUGCUGAAGUAACUAGAGUCGCAAGAGAAGUUGGUACAGAGGGUAUGCUUGGUGGUCAAGCUACUAUUGUUGGUGUUGAUGGAACUUGGAAGCAUUUGACUGACAAUGUUAAUCUAAUGGCCAGUAAUUUGACAGACCAACUUCGUGCUAUUGCUGCUGUAUGUAAAGCUGUCGCUCAAGGCGACCUUAGCAAAAAGAUUGAAGUAGAAGUGCAUGGUGAAAUUGCUGAAUUGAAGAACACAAUUAAUACCAUGGUGGAUCAGUUGAGCUCUUUUGCUUCCGAAGUGACCAGAGUUGCAAAGGAAGUAGGAACAGAAGGUAAAUUGGGUGUCCAAGCUCAAGUAGAAGAUAUCGAGGGUCUAUGGCGUGAUAUUACAAGCAAUGUCAAUACAAUGGCUUCUAACUUGACAACGCAAGUCCGUGCCUUUGCUCAAAUCUCUGCAGCAGCUACUGAAAAUGAUUUCUCUCGCCUUAUCACUGUUGAAGCAUCUGGCGAAAUGGACUCUUUGAAGACCAAGAUCAAUCAAAUGGUUGGUUCUCUUCGUGAUGCUAUUCAAAAGAACAGACUUGCUAGGGAAGCUGCUGAAUUAGCCAACAGAUCCAAAAGUGAAUUUUUAGCUAACAUGAGUCACGAAAUCCGUACUCCUAUGAACGGUAUCAUUGGUAUGACAUCCCUCACCCUCGAAACUGAAUUGACUCGUCAACAAAGAGAAAAUUUGAUGAUUGUUUCAAGUUUAGCAAACAGCCUGUUAACUAUUAUUGAUGACAUUUUGGAUAUCUCGAAGAUUGAAGCCGGUCGUAUGACAAUAGAAUCUAUUCCCUUUUCUCUUCGUUCUGCCGUUUUUAGUGUUUUGAAGACGCUGGCCGUUAAAGCAAAUCAAAAGAAACUCGAUCUUAUUUAUCAUGUUGAACAAUGUAUUCCUGAUCAGCUGAUUGGUGAUCCUCUUCGUUUACGUCAAGUUAUCACUAAUCUUAUUGGUAACGCUGUCAAAUUUACAACACAAGGUGAAGUUGUGCUUCGUACCAGAGCUGUUCGCAUGCAAGACGGAACCGUUCGAUUAGAGUUCUGUGUGAGUGAUACAGGUAUAGGUAUUCAAGAAGACAAACUCAAUGUCAUUUUUGAUACUUUCUGUCAAGCAGAUGGUAGUACUACACGUGAAUAUGGUGGUACUGGUCUAGGUUUAUCAAUUUCAAGACAUCUUGUCCAACUCAUGGGUGGUGAUUUAUGGGUCGAAUCGAAAUAUGGUCGUGGAUCUGAAUUCUACUUUACUGUCAACUUGCUUCGCUACAAUCUCGAUGAAAAAGAAGUCAAGGACAAAAUUUAUAGAUUCCGUAGCAGGCGCAUUUUGUUUUUGGACAGUAUGAAUGAUCAAACUGGUGUUGUUGACAAAGUCACCAUGCUAGGCUUAAAGCCUUUCCGUGUUGGCAGCAUUGAGGAAGCAGCUGCAGUUUCAAAUGCUAAUUCAAGCAAAAUCAAGCAUGCACCAUUCUUCGAUACCGUCAUUAUCGACAAGAUGGCUCUUGCUGAAAAGAUCCGUGAAAUUGUGCCUUUACGAUACACACCUAUUGUGCUGAUUGCUCCUGAAGUCCAUUUGCUUAAUAUGAAGCUCUGUAUUGAUCUUGGUAUUACUGGCUAUAUCAAUUCCCCAACAAACCUUGCUGACAUGUCUGCCGUUCUCCUACCUGCUUUAGAAAGCCAUGCUGCUCUGCCAAGUGACGCUUCCAAGACCGUCCCACUCGAAAUUUUGUUGGCAGAAGACAAUGAUGUGAAUCAGAAACUUGCUGUCCGUAUACUAGAGAAAUUCGGACACCAUGUCAAGGUUGUUGCCAAUGGUAAACUCGCUGUAGAAGCCUUUGAAGCUCAAGAUUUUGAUUUGAUUUUGAUGGAUGUGCAAAUGCCUGUCAUGGGUGGUUUUGAAGCCACUCAGAAGAUUCGAGAAAUCGAACAUAGCAUGAACAAUAAUUCACAUAUACCUAUUAUUGCUUUGACAGCACAUGCCAUGAUCGGCGAUAGAGAAAAGUGCUUACAGGCUGGCAUGGAUGAAUAUGUCACUAAACCCUUGAGAUUCCCUGAGCUUAUUGCAGCCAUCAAAAAGUUUGCACCUCAGUCUGCACACAUGAUGGAAGGGAAGUCCAAGUUAUCUUUAUCUAAGAAAUAAUUUAGACCUUAUUUAUACUGUAUUUAAUAAAUCGUUUAUUCAUUGCAAAGACUGUCGAGAAAU